GCAAAACUUUACAGACUGCAAACCCCCCCAACGGCACAACCCACUCCUCCACGAAAGACUCCCGCCAAACAUGAGACCCUUAACAGAAGAAGAAACGAAGAUAUUCUUCGAGAAGCUCGCCAAAUACAUUGGGCGUAACAUUGUGCACCUGAUAGACAGGGCAGACGACCCACACUGCUUUAGGUUACAGCGGGACAGGGUCUUCUAUGUCAGUGAGGCAAUUAUGAAACGAGCGACGUCCGUCGGACGGGACAACCUGCUCACCCUAGGAGUGUGUUUCGGCAAAUUUACAAAAACUUUGAAAUUCAAGCUGCAUAUCACAGCGCUGGACUACCUGGCGCAAUACGCAAAGUACAAAGUCUGGGUAAAACCCAACGGCGAGAUGCCCUUCCUCUACGGCAACCACAUCCUGAAAGCGCACCUGGGCCGUAUCACCGAAGACACGCCGGAGCACCAGGGCGUGGUGAUUUACUCGAUGGGGGAUGUUCCACUUGGGUUUGGCGUUACGGCGCGGUCAACGCAGGAUUGUAGGAAACUGGAUCCGACGACGAUCACCGUGUUUCAUCAGGCGGAUGUUGGGGAGUAUUUGAGGGAUGAGGAGCAUCUUGUUUAGAGAAGUGGGAUGGUUUGGCAGGCGUGGAGAGGUUGGGGUAGAGUAAUUUAUUGGUAGGGGGUCUUUUUUGCAUGUAGAUUGCGUUUUGUAGCUUCACAGGCUGAGGCAGUCUCUGUUUUCAAUGUAUAUAGAAACGCACUGUUAGGCAUCAGUGAGAAUGAACGUUGGAACUUUUUUGUAAUGCAGGUUCAUAUCACUGCAGAGCGGAUCCAAGUCUAACGAAGGGGAGAGUAGGAAGAGCUCUAUGAUAGCCUACAACCUACUACCUCAUCUAUCGAUUCCCAUCUAUGUAUGCGUAUGUAACGUGUCGGCCUCUCCAAUGAACGGAUCUGCUGUCGAAAGGCGUCCGCUCCGUCGUGUUCUCCUGUUAGCGUGCGCAUGUCCGGACG